AUGUUCAUCCUGACUACACUAAGUGAUUUGGUCCAAAUAUCUCCAGAGGAUGUGGAGAAGCCCAGUGGAGAAAGUAUUCAAGACAACAUCAACGUCAAAUAUGCCAACAAAGUAAUUCAAAAAAUCGGGCUCUGCAUAUGCGUUUACGAUAUAUUGAACGCCUCCGACGGUCUGAUUGGCCAUGGUACUGGCAUUGUGAAUGUCAAUGUCGAAUUCCGUCUUAUCGUCUUCCGUCCUUUCAAGGGAGAGAUUCUUCUCGCACAGAUCAGUGGCGCUUCUGAAUAUGGCAUGAAAAUACGGCUGGACUUCUUUGACGACAUAUUUGUCCCUCCGAACUUGAUGUUCCCCAAAAGCUUUUUCAACGUGCAAGAGCAAGUUUGGACUUGGGUAAAUGAUGGCGACGAAUACUUUUACGACAAGAACGAGUGGGUUCGAGUGCGUGUGGAGGACGAGCAAUGGAACGACAUAUCUCCUUCACCUCCUUCCGAGCGAGGUAGUGAGCCGACAACGGAGCGGAAGAGCCCUUAUAGCAUCACAGUAAGUCCACUGCCGCUUUGGAAGCAGGAUGUGCUCAACGAUACUGGUGGAUCUGUGAACCAAGUGGUCUUCCCUGCGAAAGAAUCACAACUCUACUAUUCCAUAGAAGGGAAAAGCCAGCCAAAAGCACAAAUAGGUAGCUUGCUGACGGAGGAUUUCCAAGGCAUCUUUGGCGCUGCCCUACUUUGGUUCGAGAUUAUGAGUGUGCUCUACUCACAGGCAGCAUUAGCAGAAUUCGACGUGUGA